AUGGAACCUCUUACUCAUCGGUAUCCUGAGUGCUACGGUAAAAGAGCUUUAGACAUCAGUGAGUCAGAAGAUAUUGGCAGCACAUCAGUGGAUAUACACGACGCCAAAAUCGACUCUGAUCUGCUGAAUGGUAGAAAGGGCAAAUGGAAAGAGAAUGAUAGCGAUAACACGCGGGGCGGACCCACAGGCCAUACGGCGAUCGAAGGGAGAGAAGGCGGAGUCACCCCGAGUGGCGGUACUGAAGAGGUGCCGUCCGACAUCCGGAACAAUACGGAGGUAAUUGAUAUGAGAUAUGACGAACCGAAGCCUGGGUGGGGCACCAGGGUCAUGUCGCAGAUACAACGGUUGGUAGUAGGCGAGAAAGAACGGGAAAAGAGGGGCAGUAUAACGUCACGUAGCUCAGAUGUGGAUACUAUGAGGAGAAAUGCACGCUCACAUUCGCGUGCGCAGAGUGUCAACUUGAAUGCCAAGAGCAAUCGUCUUUCCUUGAGCCAACAUAACAUCGAAAAGCUAACGAGAAAGAGUAGUCUGUCAUAUCUGGAUAACAGCAACAAAACCAAAAAUAAUAAUUAUAGUCAUCAUCAUAGUCGUAGUAUUAACGGCAGCUUUAGGGGCAGUAUAAAAAGUAAUAAGGAGACCGAAAUUACCAAAUUCAAUACCAACGACUAUCCGAAUAGUGGUGACCACAUCAACCGGACCCGCGUGGCUAAACCCCUGGCAGCACAGAGUACCAAGUAUGCUGCCCUGAAAAGCACACCCAGUGGUAGUAGCACGGAUAUAGACUACAUCUCUCGGAUAGGCGAGGCUCACACCCAGGGACCUACGACUCUGGGGCGUAACUUGUCCGAGAAUGGGGAUACCGCGAGGGGCGGGGAUGGGUUAUGGGGAACAGAUAUAACAGAGGCCGAUAACACGUUGAAACUCGCAAACGGGACAGGUUCUAUGGACAGUGUCAGUGGUAGAGACUCAGUGGGGGUUCAGUCGUCGGUGGCUCGGCAUGGGCCAGAGAAGAAGGUACCAUGCACAAAGAUACGAGUGGCGGCCAAUCGUACACCCGCCGUAUGCGUAGACCAGCACUCAUCUGACAGUGCCAUAGAAGGUGACACCGAGAGCAAGCGAGGCUCGGAUCCCAAGCCCAAGUCACUCGAUCCGAUAAUGUGGCGCCUGCAAUUGCUGGAUCAGUUCAAGAAGCGCGAUAGUACGGAGAUGGAUCGGUUUUUGGAUCUCAUUGAUAAGAACCCUCACGUCUUGGAUGAGAAGGAAAACGACGAGAGUUUCGGAUUGCGCGGCAACCUGCUCGAGCUACAAAACCGCUUCAAGCGCUAUAGCCGGACGCACCACCGGCGUCUGGUGACUUUGCUCGUGUUUAUCGUCGUGUUGAUUAUACUGAUUGUGGCGAUGGGUGCAGUACUGGGGUUCACUAUGGGACAUCCUAAGAGUUCCGGCAAUGACUGCCGCAAGAAUGUGUACCUCAUUACCACACAGCAGCAGUACCAAAACUUGUUAUCGGACGAUUGCCGAAGGGUAUGUACACUUGGUUUAUUGCGAACAAUUUCGCUGUUAGUAAGGGAAUCCGCCGCGGUGCUCUUCCGUCGCGUGUGUUUCUUCCAAAAGGACGACACAACACGCCCUAAGUGGCCGAUGGCGAGCAAAGCAUUGCAGCAGAAGGCACGCAUGGAUCUGCUGCACUGUAUCAUGAACGAACCGGUGGAUAAGAUUAGACGCAAAAUCUGCGACAUUGUUCGUGAGAUCUCACUUAAAGUGGAAGAAGACGGCGGCACUUGGCCCGAACUACAGGAGUUUCUGUUCACACUGACCAAGAGCGAGAACCCUAAGCACAGACAAUCGGCCUUCUACAUACUCAGCACACACCCCACCAUCCUGGGCGAUAGUCUCUCGCGCUACCUGGAAGUCAUACACAGCCUGAUCCGCCAAUCCCUCUCACAAGCCGAAGACAUUGAAGUGCGUGCGAGUGCCUUGCAAGCCUGCAUAGCGCUAACCCGCUCGGGUAUGAAGCCGUCCGAGCGCCAGCUGUUCGCAGACUGUAUAACGCCCAUGUUCGAGCUAGUGGCUGAGUGUGUGUCUAACAACAGCAAUGCUAUACAGGAACACGGCGUCAUGGCGUUGACCUGUCUAGUGGGUGUGGCGGAGGAGACGCCCUUGUUUCUGCGGCCACAGCUAAAUGUGGUGCUGCAGACAUGUAGUACCAUUGCGGGAAACGCAGCGUUUAAUGAGGAGGCCAGGAAACUCGCCAUCGAAUUGAUCGUCACUCUGUGCGAACAACGCGCGGGUAUGAUCCGAAAAAUCGAUGGGUUUGCCGAACUGGUGCUGCCUGUGGCCUUCACAAUGUUAUUAGAAAUCGAAGACGAUGAUGAGUGGUCUACCACAGACGACAUCGAAGAUGAUUUGCUGGAGGAGAGCAUCGCAGUGGUUGCUGAGCAGGUGUUGGAUCGUUUGGCAAGGGCCAUGGGUGGAAAGACGAUCCUUCCGUUUGCUUUCCAGAGUAUUAUGGUCAUGUUGCAGAAUGCGCAGUGGCAACAAAGACAUGCGGCCCUCCUCACCAUCUCUGCGAUAGCUGAGGGUUGUGUCAAGCUAAUGAAACCCGAACUCGAGAAGAUCGUUGCCAUGGUAGCAGCCUAUAUCAAAGACCCGCACGAGCGCGUAAGACACGGCACCUGCAAUGCCUUAGGUCAAAUGUCCACAGAUUUUGCACCCGAGUUCCAGGUUCAAUUUCAUAGUGUAGUAAUCCCGGCACUGGUGGUGGGUAUGCACGACAGCAACUUCAGGGUGCAGGCGCAUGCCGCAGCAGCCCUUGUCAAUUUUAGUGAACAAGCAGACUCCGCCGUGCUACAGCCGUACCUGGACGAACUCUUCACAAGCCUGUACAACCUGCUGAGCAGCGACAAGCGCAUCGUGCAAGAACAGGCCAUCACCACCAUCGCCACCCUGGCCGACAGUUCGGAACACAUGUUUGUCAAAUACUACGACACCUUUAUGCCGUUGCUGAUCAAUGUGUUGGACACAGCCGACCAACCGGCGCACCGGACCUUGCGAGGGAAGUCGAUUGAGUGUGUGACGCUGAUUGGUAUCGCUGUAGGGGCAGAGAAGUUUAAGGCGGACGCCGGGCGAGUGAUGAACAUUAUGAUGCGCACACCCGCGGAACAGAUGGAAGCCGACGAUCCUCAGAUACAGUUUUUCAUGUCCGCGUGGGCCCGGAUCUGUAAAAUCUUGGGACCGGAAUUCAUCCCAUACCUGCCGAGUGUGAUGCCGUUGUUGUUAAAGAACGCGCAGUUGACACCAGACGUGGCUCUGGUAGAUCCGGAUGAUCCAAAAGACGAGGCCAAAUACGACCCAGCCGACGGAUGGGAGUUUGUCAGCUGGGAUUCCCAAAAGAUCGGUAUACAAACCUCAACCUUAGAGGAGAAAUUCAACGCGCUGGAGCUCAUCAUUACGUACGCGGCCGAGUUAAAGAGCGGCUUUGUGGAUUAUCUACCCGAAGUCACCAAGAUCAUGGUACAGUCUCUCAAGUUCUUGUUCCACGAUGGCGUGCGUAUAUCAGCCGCCCAAGCGCUGCCCGCCUUGCUGGUGUGUGCUGUAGAGGGUAGGUUCCCCCCCGCACACAUCAAGGAAAUGUGGAAAUACAUGCUCAGUGUCAUCUGCCCCGCGCUUGAGUCUGAAGUAGACACGGACGUUGUGUACGAGUUUGUGGGAGCGCUUGAUAAGGCUCUGAAGGUUGUGGGCGAUAAUAGCUUGGAUGCUGAGGAUAUGAAUUUAUUAGGAUUGGCUCUUAACUCGCAACUGGCACAGCUAUUAGAGCGCGCGCAGAAUAGACAGAUCUCAGAGACGGAUCAGGACUACGAUGAGGAGUACGCCGAAGGAGUCAGUGAAGAAGCCUCGGGCGAUGAGGCUGUGAUCAGAGACAUAUCUGAGCUCAUGCAUACACUAUUUGCUACACACCGUACCAAUCUACUGCCGCUGUGGGAUAUGGUGUGCCCUACCCUGUCCCAGUUUUUGGGCCCAAAUAAACCCGCGUCAGACAGGCAAUGGGCAAUCUGUAUCUUCGACGAUCUGGUGGAGUUUGGAGGUGCUGAGUCGUUUAGAUAUGUACAGUUCUUCCUAGAAUCCAUCGCGGCGAGUCUUUUGGAUCCCAAUACGCAUGUAAGGCACGCUGCUGUGUAUGGGGUGGGGGUGAUUGCGAAGUUUGGUGGCCCAGCAUACAUCCCCAUGAUACAAGCCAGCAUUGCACCGUUAUGUAAGGUUAUAAAUAUGCCCGAGGCUAAGAGUGCGGAUAAUGUGCACUGCACGGAGAAUGCGAUAUCAGCUAUCGCCAAAGUAUGCAUGGCGCACAAAGACAACGUACCGGACAUUAAUCAAAUCAACGCCGAGUUCAUAUCUUGGCUGCCCGUAACGCAAGACAAAGAGGAAAGCAAGUACAUCUACGCUUACAUGUGCAAUCUGCUGGAAGAGAAUAACACCUUUGCACUCGGGCAAAACAACAGCAACAUGCCCAGGAUUGUCAAUAUUCUGGCGCUGAUAGUAAAUUCGGAUCUGGUACAAGGAGACGAAACACUCAACCCGCGGGUGAUUCGUAUACUGAAGACGAUAGCGGGAGCCUUCCCCCAAGUCAUGGCGUCUGUCAGCCCAGAGUUCCAACCGAAGGUGCAACAGGUUAUCAGCAGACCAUGAAAGCACCGGUUCAUACAUACUGGCCUGUACAAUUAGUAACCUCCAUGCGUUCGAUUUCUGGGCGUAUGCACUCUCUCGUCACAGUGUGUGAAUGAAUACCUGUACUCGAAUCCGGUCCGCUAUUCAAUACAGAGAGAGCCUGGGAUUAUGUACAGCCGAGGGCGCAGUAAACCUUCAAGGGGCCGUGGACGAACGGUACUCGUGUACGUACCUGUACGAUUAGUAAUCAUAAAGCUCACAAUGCCCAUGAUUGGCUGAUAAAUAUAUACACACUUUUCUUAUAAUCUAGUUGGGUUUUAGGGUUUUGGGGGGUGUCUGCUAAAACCACCACGGGAUAGCUUAUACAGAAUAUAGGCGGUUUCACACGGUAGUGCUGGAUGUGUGCAUGAAGUAUAUGCAUAC